CAUUGAACCCUGGGUAAAUACAGCAAUAGGAGAAUAUUUAGAGAAGAGCAGAAACUUUGAAAAACCUUGGAUUAAAUUUCCAGCGAUCUAAGCGCUUCAUAAACACUUUCUUUGACAUGUCAGAGACUUACGACUUCCUCUUCAAAUUUCUGGUGAUUGGAAGCGCUGGCACCGGCAAAUCGUGCAUUCUGCACCAGUUUAUCGAAGGCAAAUUCAAGCAAGACUCAAGCCAUACUAUUGGAGUUGAGUUUGGAUCCAAGAUUAUUAAUGUUGGAGGGAAGUCUGUGAAGCUUCAGAUCUGGGACACUGCCGGACAAGAACGAUUUAGGUCAGUCACCAGAAGUUACUACAGAGGUGCAGCUGGUGCUCUCUUGGUAUAUGACAUUUCAAGCCGAGAGACCUUCAAUUCAUUGUCAAAUUGGCUGUCAGAUGCAAGGACACUUGCAAGCCCUAACAUUGUGAUUAUUUUGGUUGGAAAUAAGAAGGAUCUUGAUGCAGACAGGGAAGUAACUUUCCUUGAAGCCAGCAGAUUUGCACAGGAAAAUGAAUUAAUAUUUCUAGAGACAAGUGCUCUAUCUGGUGAAAAUGUUGAGGAGGCAUUCCUCAAGUGCUCCAGAACAAUCUUAAAUAAAAUUGAAUCAGGUGAACUUGACCCAGACAGAAUGGGAUCAGGAAUCCAAUAUGGAGAUCCAUCACUACGACGAUCAAUAAGACCAGGCAGAGGAAGAGGAGAAUCGACUAACAAGUGUGCAGCUGUAUGUGGCAAGUAAUGAAAUCGAUGCCUGCAGAUAACUUCCAUUACAAGACGGGGAACUUUUUAGUAUUUAACAAGGCAAUAAACAAACACCACAUCCCAAUAGAUUUUUUGAGAUGCGCAAGCGCUGUCAAAAGUAUCACAUGCUCAGAUUCAAAAAAUGAGGUGUUUUUGGGCAAGACUAUUACAUGCUACAUGGAAACACUGAAAACAGCUUUGAAAGCUUGGAAAUUAUGUUAACGGAGAAAUACUUUGAUGUUUCUUUUGGUUGGGAAACAAAUAAUAGCUUUAUGAAAAAAUAUAGCUCACCGCAAGCAAAUUCUUUUUUCCAAAGGUUUUAAAAGUCACCUUUAACUCUAUGGUUUUCAGUGGUUUCUGAUCACACUGCCUGAAAAUGACUUGUCUUAUUGUCUGCACCUGUAAUAUUUAUGAAAGCGCUCGCACAUCUCAGAAAUUGUCUAUUCUUUAAUGUAGAUGGUCGGCAUCUGUUUUCUGUUUUUAAUUUCAAAGGACUGGGAGAAACGACUAGUUUACUGUGUGGUUUUUCUGUGGCGUGAUCCUACGUUUAUCAUGCAAAAGUAAUUGAGGAAUGUUCUUACAUAGUAAACUUUCACACUAUCCUAUUAUUUCACAAACAUAGCCAAUUGCUACCUCAACAAUUGUUGUGACGUAUGAUUAUUUCACAAGACAUUUCAAUCACUGUAAUCUUCACCAUGCGGUAUUGCCUCGUAUUGUUUUAUAACAGCGGCGUGAAAUGUACACUUUUGGUUUUAAUAGACUUGAUAUUGGUUAAAUGAUAAAUAUAAUCUGCUACUAACAAUAAUCAAUAUAAAUCACUAUUAAUAUUUACAAUGAGUCUAUUUUACACAAAUAGGCCUAAAUUUAUAAAAUCCCAAAUGUAGAAAGUUUAUAGUCGUGUCUUGCAUACAGUUAAUUUCAUGUACAAUAUUAUAUAGCAUGAUUAGUAUACAGUAGUUGCUUGAAAUAUAGCUUUGCCCUGCAAAAAAGCUAAAUAACAUAGAAAGGUUUAGAGCUAUUUUUACUACAACACCAGGAAUGUUCUGAGAAAUUGUAGUGGUUGAUCAGACUAAAUAUUUCCUCAAUUGAAGAUUUAUUGUCAAUAAUUGUAAGUUGUAAUAGUACUUGUCUAGAGCAUAUCAUUUAUAUUUUGUUUUUAUUUUAACUACCCAAAGUGGAUGAUGCAAAGGCUGAUUUACAUGGCACAAAUUUUUCCUUUCAAAUAUCAUGUGCAACAAACUGAUGACAGAAAUUGCUUCAUGUAAAUCAACCGUACAACUUGCAUAUGACUGUAAAUGGCAGCUACAACUUUAAGCAUGUUGUGUGAGACAGUUGUGAUGAAAAAUUGUACCAUGUUUAAAUCGGCCUUAACAAAACUUGCUAAUUUGCAGGAAUUUUGCAAUUUAUUAAUUAAAAAUGUCUGCAUAGUAGAUAGAA